GUCUACGCCCCAUCGCCCGAAACUUCGCGUGUGUGACCCGUGGAACAUUAUUUUUAAUUCGAUCUAAUUAUAGUUUUAUUUCAUUUAUCGCGGCCUAAAGUUUAGUUAAAAAGGUGCGCGUGUGUGUGGAUGGUGUAUCUGCGCGAAACUAUAUCGAAAACAUGUGUUUCGAUGUGAAUAUAAAGUUUGUGAAUUGAUGACACUGUGGAGUUUGAGUCGGUGGACAAUUUGUAAUUAUUUCUGAUAGCUGUUAUUAAAUUGUUAUUGGAUUGUGCGAGGAAUUUGCGGGAACGUUUGCGGGCGGCGUGCGGGCUGCGUACGUAUCUGGGAUCAGUGAAUUCUGUGAUAGCGGGAGUUUAAAGUACCGAAGUCCAUUUCCGGUGUAGUCGUGAUGAGGUAUCGUCGAUAAAUUGUGAUCGUUUAGGCGUGAUUUUGAACGGCAGGAUGGCGAACUCCACGAUCGGGGCCACCUUCGACGAGAAUGACAUGUCCAGCUGGUACUUUGGUGGGCUGUCGAGGGUGGAGGCUACAGAGCUUUUGCUCAAUGAGACUGAGCGUGGAGUGUUCCUCGUGAGGGACUCCAAGACUAUACAUGGGGAUUAUGUUCUGUGUGUCAGGGAGGACCGAGUAUCACACUACAUAAUAAACCGCGUAGUGUCCGCGGACGGUACGACCCGCUACCGGAUUGGAAACCAGCUGUUUGCGGACAUGCCGGCGCUACUCGCGUUCUACCGGCUGCACUACUUAGAUACUACGGCGCUGGUGCGGCCCCUGCCACAGGCGCGCGUCAAGGCUGCGCCGGCCGUGCCGCCGCCACACUACCACGUUCUAGAAGUCGUCAUCGCCAAGUUCGACUUUGAUGGCAGUGAUGCUGAUGACCUGCCGUUCCGUCGCGGCGAGAGGCUGAUGGUGAUCAACAGAGACGAGGAGCAGUGGUGGACGGCGCGCAACGUGCAAGGCAAGACAGGCUCGAUUCCUGUCCCCUAUGUACAAAGGCUUCUGGACCCGGCUGGAGCACCAUACCCACCGACCGAGGCCAUCACACAGCUGGGAGACCCGCCCAGCCCGCCCAACAACAAGCAACCACAGAAAGGCACCAAUAUGCAGCGAACGCUGCCGGCGAUGGCUCGAGUGCGACAAUCCCGAGUGCCAAACGCGUACGACAAAACCGCUCUCAAACUGCAAGAAGGAGACAUACUUAAGGUGACAAAAAUGAACAUAAAUGGCCAAUGGGAAGGAGAGCUUAAUGGCAAAGUGGGCCAUUUCCCCUUCACCUAUGUCGAGUUUUUGGACGACGUACCCAGCUAAAGUGAAACCAAUCUAACUAAAGUGAAACCAAUCUAAGCUAAAAUGAAACCAAGUGAAUCUAACCGCACAAGUGAUUAAGUCCAAAGUGAUUAAGUGAAUUGUUAGUUGAAAAGUGAAUUGUUAGUGUAAAGAAAUCUUAGGUGAUUUCCAAGUUGAAAGUUAACAAUUAAAUCAUAAGGAAGUGAUUUUACACAAAAGAGAUUUAAAGUGACUUUUUAAAGAGAUUAUUCAAAAUAUUUUAAAUCUGUUCUUGUAUUCAUAAUAAUAUGAAUAGAGGAUAUUUUUAUCU